AACAGCAGUAUGCAAAUCUUCGUCAAAACACUAACCGGGAAAACUAUCACCCUCGAUGUCGAAGCGGUAGACACCAUUCAGAACAUCAAGGGCAAAAUCGAAGACAAAGAAGGUAUCCCACCAGAUCAACAGCGUCUGAUCUUCGCUGGUAAACAACUUGAAGAUGGACGUGCUUUGUCCGACUACAACGUACAGAAGGGUUCUACGCUUCAUCUGGUACUACGCCUGCGAGGUGGCAUGCAAAUAUUCGUCAGAAUGUUAACCGGCAGAACCAUGGCAAUCGAUACCGAACCGGAGGACACUGUGGAAGCCCUGAAAGCAAAGGUUUCGGAAAGACUAGAGGAAAUUCCACCAAACCAACAGCGCUUGAUUUUCGCCGGCAAACAGUUGGAGGACGGACGCACCCUACAGGAAUACAGCAUCAUCAAAGGGUCUACUGUACACUUGGUACUGCGGUUAAAGGGAGGCAUGCAGAUAUUCGUGAAAACACUUACGGGAAAAACCAUCACCCUCGAGGUUGAGCCUUCCGAUACUAUUGAGAAUGUCAAGGCCAAGAUCCAAGAUAAGGAGGGCAUUCCUCCAGAUCAACAACGUUUGAUUUUUGCUGGCAAGCAGUUGGAGGAUGGUCGUACUCUCUCCGAUUAUAACAUUCAAAAGGAAAGUACCCUUCAUUUGGUUUUGCGUCUUCGUGGAGGAAUGCAAAUUUUCGUCAAGACUUUGACUGGCAAGACUAUUACGCUCGAAGUUGAACCCUCGGACACCAUUGAAAAUGUAAAGGCCAAAAUUCAGGACAAGGAAGGCAUUCCCCCAGAUCAGCAGCGUCUUAUCUUUGCUGGCAAGCAGCUGGAGGAUGGUCGUACUCUUUCCGACUACAACAUUCAGAAGGAAAGUACCCUGCAUCUGGUUCUACGUCUUCGUGGAGGAAUGCAAAUUUUCGUCAAGACUUUGACUGGCAAAACUAUCACGCUGGAAGUGGAACCAUCUGAUACGAUCGAGAAUGUAAAGGCCAAAAUUCAGGACAAGGAAGGUAUUCCCCCAGAUCAACAGCGUCUCAUCUUCGCUGGCAAACAGCUAGAGGAUGGUCGUACUCUUUCCGACUACAACAUCCAAAAAGAAAGCACACUUCACUUGGUUCUCCGUCUUCGUGGAGGAAUGCAAAUUUUCGUCAAGACCCUUACUGGUAAAACCAUUACGCUUGAGGUUGAGCCCUCGGAUACGAUCGAAAAUGUCAAGGCCAAAAUCCAGGACAAGGAAGGCAUUCCCCCAGAUCAACAGCGUCUUAUCUUUGCUGGCAAGCAAUUGGAGGAUGGUCGUACUCUCUCCGAUUACAACAUUCAAAAGGAAAGCACUCUCCAUCUGGUUCUACGUCUUCGUGGAGGAAUGCAAAUUUUCGUUAAAACGCUGACUGGCAAGACUAUCACGCUGGAAGUGGAACCAUCUGAUACGAUCGAGAAUGUAAAGGCCAAAAUUCAGGACAAGGAAGGUAUUCCCCCAGAUCAACAGCGUCUCAUCUUCGCUGGCAAACAGCUAGAGGAUGGUCGUACUCUUUCCGACUACAACAUCCAAAAAGAAAGCACGCUUCAUCUGGUAUUGCGUCUUCGUGGAGGAAUGCAAAUUUUCGUUAAGACGCUGACUGGCAAAACUAUCACUCUGGAAGUCGAGCCAUCGGACACUAUUGAAAAUGUUAAGGCCAAAAUUCAGGACAAGGAGGGUAUUCCCCCAGAUCAACAGCGUCUCAUCUUCGCCGGCAAACAGCUAGAGGAUGGUCGUACUCUUUCCGACUACAACAUCCAAAAAGAAAGCACACUUCACUUGGUUCUCCGUCUUCGUGGAGGAAUGCAAAUUUUCGUCAAGACCCUUACUGGUAAAACCAUUACGCUUGAGGUUGAGCCCUCGGAUACAAUCGAAAAUGUCAAGGCCAAAAUUCAGGACAAGGAAGGCAUUCCCCCAGAUCAACAGCGUCUUAUCUUUGCUGGCAAGCAAUUGGAGGAUGGUCGUACUCUCUCCGAUUACAACAUUCAAAAGGAAAGCACUCUCCAUCUGGUUCUACGUCUUCGUGGAGGAAUGCAAAUUUUCGUUAAAACGCUGACUGGCAAGACUAUCACGCUGGAAGUGGAACCAUCUGAUACGAUCGAGAAUGUAAAGGCCAAAAUUCAGGACAAGGAAGGUAUUCCCCCAGAUCAACAGCGUCUCAUCUUCGCUGGCAAACAGCUAGAGGAUGGUCGUACUCUUUCCGACUACAACAUCCAAAAAGAAAGCACACUUCACUUGGUUCUCCGUCUUCGUGGAGGCAUGCAAAUUUUCGUCAAGACCCUUACUGGUAAAACCAUUACGCUUGAAGUUGAGCCCUCGGAUACGAUCGAAAAUGUAAAGGCCAAAAUUCAGGACAAGGAAGGCAUUCCCCCAGAUCAACAGCGUCUCAUCUUUGCUGGCAAGCAGUUGGAGGAUGGCCGUACUCUUUCUGACUACAACAUCCAAAAGGAAAGCACCCUGCAUCUGGUUCUACGUCUUCGUGGAGGCAUGCAAAUUUUCGUCAAGACUUUGACCGGCAAAACUAUCACACUUGAAGUUGAGCCCUCUGAUACGAUCGAAAAUGUUAAGGCUAAAAUUCAGGACAAGGAAGGUAUUCCUCCAGAUCAACAGCGUCUGAUCUUCGCCGGUAAACAGCUCGAGGAUGGUCGUACGUUGUCCGAUUACAACAUUCAGAAAGAAAGUACCUUGCAUUUAGUAUUGCGCCUCAGAGGCGGUCAGUAAUCAUUUUAUUCGAGUGAAAAUAAACUUCUGUU